AUGAGUACAGUUGAAGAAGGCCUAAAAGAAAUCCGAGACCUGAAGGCUCAAAAAACCCUCCAUCGAGAGCAAAAAAGAGGAGAUCCACCAACAGAAAGAGAAUUGAGAGAUUUCACCCACCACCCACCACCACUGCCGCUCACCGCUACCAUCAUCACCACCACCACCGCUACCACUACUGCCACUAUCACAACUACAAUCUCCACCACCUACCACUGCCACCGCCACCGCCACCACCACCACCUACGACCGCCACCAUCACUACCUAGCGCCACCACAAACACCUACCACUACCUCCACCACCACCACCACCCGCCACCACCAUCUGCCACCUCCACCCGCCACCACCACUACCCAUCACUAGUCACCACCACCAUUUACCACUUCUACCUUUACCACCACCACCACCAACUACCACCGCCAUCGCCACCACCUAAUGCUACCGCCACCACCACCCAAAACCUAUCAUCUCAACUACUAACUAUCGCUACUACCACCACCACUACCAUCCACUUACCACCAUCGCCACCACUACCACCACCACCUGCCACCGCUCUGACCACUUUCACCACUGCCAUAACUACCACCGCCACCACUUACAACCGGCACCACCUACCGCCACCACUUAACGUUAUCGUCACCGUCAUCGCCACCGCCACCACCAACUACCACCUACCACCACCACCUGCCACUGCUACCACUACCGCCAUUGCCACCACCACCACCACAACUACCUACUGUCACCACCAUCUACAACCGCCAAACACCCAUCACCUCAACUACCACCUACCGCUACUACUACCACCCAUUUACCGCCACCGUCACCACUACCACCUACCACCACCUGCCACCGCUACCACUACCGCCACUGCCACAACUACCGCCACCACCACCUAUAUCCGCCACCAACUACCGCCACCACCACCUAUAUCCGCCACCAACUACCGCCACCACCACUACCAACAUCAGCCACUGACCCAGCCACUAUCACUCACCACCACCACCUAUUAUUUCCAUCACAACCACUACCACCUAUCGCCACCGCCAACCCCACCCGCCACCACUGUCAUUACCACCACCACCACCACCACCUACCACCGUUACUCCAUAACUACCGCCACCACCACUUACAACCGUCACCACCUACUCCCACCACCAUCUACAACUGCGACCAUCUACCGUCACCGCCACCACCUAAAGUUAUCGUCACCACCAACGCCAUCGCCAUCGCCAACUACCACCUACCACCACCACCACCUGCCACUGCUACCACUAAUGCCACUGCCACCACCACUGCCACCAUUACCUACUAUCACCGCCAAACACCCAUCACCUCAACUACCACCUACCGCUACUACCACCCAUUUACCGGCACCUGCCACAACUACCACCUACCACCACCUACCACCACCACAACUUGCCACCGCUACCACUACUGUCACUGCCACAACUACCACCGCCACCACCUACAACCGCCACCAACUACCGUCACCGCCACCAAUAGCACCACAACCACCGCCACUAUCACUACCAUCAUCAGACACUGACCCCGCUACUAUCACUCACCACCACCACCUACUAUCACCAUCAUAA